AUGAGACAGGCGGAGUUGUGCCGAUAUUCUUUUUCAGUGUGGAUCGUUGGAUCCGCCCUCUGCAACCCACACACCCCUGCAAGAUCUAUUCCACUACCGCUGUAGACUCGCCCUUGGAAUUGGCAAGAAGUCGGCAAUCAAGUGGUUGGAGUUUUUUUUUGGAGCGUCGAGCAGUUCUGCGAUUGUACGAGGCCACGCUGUACCGUUCUAGCGGUUUGAAUCAGUUUCUGACUGGAAAACCCGGGGAUGUGACCACUCUGUCCCCGGUUGGGGACUCCUCCCCCCCGUUUGUAUUUACUUGCUCCUUGCUUUAGUGUCGAGGUCUGUGUCAAACGGCGAAUCAUGGGGUGAAAGCGAAGUAGAGAAAAACAGAAGAUGCAGCGUCGUGCAUAUCGGGACUGGGGGUUGCCGUAGACGGACGCGAACACCGGAAAAUGCACCCGCUUCUUAUCGAUCAAAAUGGCGUGCAAACUACCGUUUCAUGUCGCGAUUUUUUUGUGAAGUCGUUGUAAACCAGUACCAACUCAAUCCUAAACAAUUUCUUUGGCCCUACCCCGAUUCAUGGUCACGGGGCCCCUCAGCAAGCGAUACUUGGGGUGUUUUUCCGUCCAAAAAGUUGGUUCAAAACCCGCCCCCGCCCCCCUCUGCCUCCGUCCGGUCCCUUUCCCCGCCCACCAGAGCCUUCACCCCUUGUGUCGCCUCGCCCUCCUCCCCGCCCAUGCCCACGCCCUGCGCGGUUUGUCCUCUGUUCCAAGCUCGCAUCCUCCCUCGCUGCCCUCUUGAUCUCCCGUGCCAUUCUUUUUUCUUUCAGAGCUUCCUUGGCCUCCACCUUCUGGCGUUCGUCCUCGAGGUAUUUUUGCAUGACGUCAUCGCACGUGAUAACCCCUCCUUCCGGGAGACCUUGCGACUUGCGGGUGAUGGCGAGCUUCUUCUGCUUCUUUUUCGCCUUGACGAAGGCUCUGAGCAUGACCGUGUUGAUAAGGAUGCCCUUGACGCACUGGCCCUUUUGCUGCAGCUCGCGAACCGUUCGUGGGCCGAGGUUGUCGGCAAAAUCCUUGUCGGAAAUCGCCACUGUGAUGUCUUCGACGGGGCGGGCGGGCACCUGAUCGUUCCUUCCUCUUCCCUACACCUUGAAGUCGACCCAUCGCCCGCUCCCCGUCCACCGGCCAAAGGCCUGCCCCUGCAAAGGAUGAUGUGUUCCGUUCCUCGGAAAAGCUCCGCAACCAAGCAUCCCCAAGAAUGCCCAACAUGUCGCUCUUCGCGGGCACCCUUCCGCCGUUUCGUGCCGGGAAGGCCGAGAGAACCUUGGUGAUUUCCCGCUUGAAUGACCCGAACGACCCGACGUCCAAGGGCUGAACAACAUGAGAUGAGUGGGACGGUAUCUGGUAAAGGACGAUGUUUAGGUCCCUGGCCAAUUUGACAACUUCGUAGGUAACAUGCGAGGCGUGGCCAUCA